AUGUACAGGUUGGGACUGUCGUCUAUCAUAGAUCUUUCAUCAGAGUUUGAACAGGGCAUGCACUCUUGGUUUAGUGAUGAUUGGAUCCCAUUAAAGACCAAAGCGCUAUCAAAAAUUAACUUAACAGUUGAAAAGUUUUCUGGCGAAGUAUUAGAGUUUAUUACAAAAGUUGAAAAUUUUUGUACUUCGCAUGACUAUUUGGGGGCAAGAAAAUUAUUAUUAGAAAAAAUGGUUGAACGACCCACCGAUAUUAGAUUUAGACAAAUUUUAAAAGUGUAUUUCUAUGUCUUGGAUUUGUUCUUAGAAAAUCCGUAUUUAUUUGUAAGAAAGAAUGGCCAACCACAAAAACACACAGAAAUACAAUAUGUGAUAAAAAUGGUGGACCCUAUAUUGGAAAUAAUAUUUUCUGAUUGUCAAAGCCUUGUAAAGCUUAUGUGGGGAGAGACCGUUUCACAAGUGACAAAUAAUUCAAAAAGAAAAAUAGACCUCUGUAUAAGAACUGAGGAUGGCACAAAAGAGUUGAGCCAUUCUGAAUGUGCUCAAAAAGCUACAAUGAUAAAAAUUCUAAAAGAUCGAAGUAAAUCUUUUAGAACUAACAAGUGUAUACUUAACAAAUAUCUCGAGAACGAUCUUCCAGGUGAAGCUUUAGAAAAUACAACAAUUUUUGGAUUACAGCUGGCAGCGCUGGAAGGGCAACUAAUUGGUGUUGAUUUAUUGGACGAAGGACUUUAUUUUGGAUUUGAUGGACCAGCCUUUGAGUUUCCUGCUCAAAUUUGUGGUAUUGAUGUUUUAAGACAGACGCUAGAAGUUUUGUAUUAUUUUAAGGAGCAAGUCAUUAAAAAAGCAAAAUAUUUGUCCCAGAAUUCAAGAAAAAACACGAUUCCCAAACUUCUACAUUCCGAAGAUAUCAUGAAACCGAAUCACUUCAAAAUUAAUUAUAUUCGGGAAACUUAUUUUUCACCCAAAAAACAAUCUUUAGCCAGCGAAUCCGACAAGUUAUACAUUAAAUUUAAAAACGAAUAG